GACUGACAGAAAUCUCCCCUCCUAUACCAGUAAAUAUGCUCUCCAGGGUUUUGUUCAAGAGAGCCGGAGCCAGCCAGCGCCCAGCGGGCCUCGCGCGCCUGUUCUCCUCCACCACCCAGCGGAUGGACCCCGAUCUGUCUUACCAAGUCUUCAAGCCCGAGAAGGACGAAGUAAGCCGGGGCCCGAUCAUCUUCCUGCACGGCCUGUUCGGCUCGAAGCAGAACAACCGGAGCAUCAGCCGCGCAUUGGCCCGCGACCUCAAAUGCGAGGUCUUCACCGUGGACCUCCGAAACCACGGCCACUCGUUCCACGCCGAGGAGCACAAUUACUCCGUAAUGGCGGAGGACGUGGUCCAGUUCAUGCAGCAGUUGAAGCUGGAGAAGGCUGCGCUGAUCGGGCACUCGAUGGGCGCCAAAGCCGCAAUGACCGUCGCCCUCGAAUCCCCGCGUCUCGUCUCGGCACUGGUCCCCGUGGACAACGCCCCGCGCAACGCGCCCCUCAAGAGUGACUUCGGCAAGUACGUCCGUGGAAUGCAGGAAGUCGAAGCCGCCAAGGUGACCAAACAGUCCGAUGCCGAUAAGAUCCUGAAGGAGUAUGAGGAGUCCCUCCCCAUCCGCCAAUUUCUCCUCACGAACCUGGUCCGCUCCGAGGAGGACCAGACCAUGAAAUUCCGCGUCCCGCUCGCCGUCCUCGGCGAGUCGCUGGUCGACAUGGCCGACUUCCCGUACGCGGAGCCCGGCGCGAAGCAGUACGAGGGGCCGACGCUCUUCGUCCGCGGCACGAGGAGUCGCUACGUGACCGACGAUGCGAUCCCCGCGAUCAAAGCGUUCUUCCCGCAGGCGCGGAUCGCGGAUGUUGAGGCGGGCCAUUGGUUGAUCUCCGAGAAUCCGGAGGCGUUUAGGCUUGCGGUGGUUAAAUUCUUUAAGGAGUUGGAUUAGGCUCAGUGUUUGAACAGGUUGGGGGUGCAGGUGUAUAUAGGUUGGGUCUGGGUUUGGGAGUAGAUUC